CGGGGGAGGCGGCGGCGGUGGCGGCGGCGGCGGCAUAGGCAUUGUGCACGCACCACAUCCCCGGGCCGCGAGGAGGAGGACGCGACGGAGCCGCCUCCGCCAGCACAGACCCAUGAACCAGCCCGGCGGCGGCGGCGGCGGCGGCGACGACGACUCGGCGGCAGCGGUGGCCCCGCAGGCUGAAGGGGCCAGUGCUACCGGAAGGAGGAACACACCUGGCAGGGAGAAGCUGAAAAGGAACCAGAAGAGUCCCAAGGCAGAGGACCCCAGUCCUGUGCCAGUGGAGACCUCACAGUGUUCAGAGGAGGAAAGGAUGACAGAGGUGAAGGUGAAGACAGAGCUUCCUGAUGACUAUAUCCAGGAGGUGAUCUGGCAGGACGACGCCAAAGAGUCCAAGAAGAAUGUCAAGGAAGGGUCAGGGGAUGUGCCUGCUGAGAUCUGUGUGGUGAUUGGUGGUGUUCGGAACCAACAGACCCUCGGGUCCUACGAGUGUGGAAUAUGUGGGAAGAAAUACAAAUAUUAUAACUGUUUCCAGACCCAUGUGCGAGCACAUCGAGACACUGAAGCAGCCUCAGGUGAAGGAGCUUCCCAGGGCAACAACUUUAGGUACACAUGUGAUAUUUGUGGGAAGAAAUAUAAAUAUUACAGCUGUUUUCAGGAGCACCGAGACCUGCAUGCUGUGGAUGUGUUUAGUGUCGAAGGAGCUCCAGAGAAUCGGGCAGACCCUUUUGAUCAAUCCGUUGUGGCUACAGAUGAAGUAAAGGAGGAGCCUCCAGAACCAUUCCAGAAAAUCGGGCCAAAAACUGGUAAUUACACCUGUGAAUUUUGUGGCAAGCAGUAUAAAUACUAUACCCCUUACCAAGAGCAUGUGGCCCUUCAUGCCCCUAUCAGUACCUCCGCUGGGUGGGAGCCGUCUGAAGAGCCUGACGCUAGUUCUGAGUGUUCGCAUCCAGAGUUCUCUCGAUCUCCACUCUUCAUGGCAGUGAAGACACCGACGAGCCAGUCGGGCAAAAAAACGCCAGCUUCCAUAGUCCGGUGCUCCACCCUUCUACAACGCACCUCCUCUGGUGCCCCUCCAGCCUCCCAAACCCAGAUGUUCCGCACUCCAAAUUCCGGAUCCCCAGGAAGCAAGGCAACCACAGCAGAAAGCGCCUUCAGUAGGAGAGUCGAGAGCAAAGCACAAAACAACUUUGAAGAAACGAACAGCAGUUCUCAAAACUCAAGUGAAGCUGCGAGCCCCCUGAUUUCCAACCCAUUCCCGCUCUUACAGAAACCUUACACCUGUGGCGCUUGUGGGAUCCAGUUCCAGUUUUAUAACAAUCUCCUGGAGCACAUGCAGUCCCAUGCAGCUGACAACGAGAAUAACAUCGCCUUCAACCAGCCCCGGUCGCCUCCAGCUGUUGUGGAAGAGAAGUGGAAACCACAGCCCCAAAGGAAUAGCACGAACAAUACUUCAGUGAGUGGCUCAGCACCCAACAGUACCAUCCCAGAGAAGGAGCGGCAGAACAUCGCAGAGAGGUUGUUACGAGUGAUGUGUGCGGACUUGGGCACGCUGAGUGUGGUGAGCGGGAAGGAAUUCCUCAAACUGGCACAGACCCUGGUGGACAGCGGUGCCCGCUAUGGCGCCUUCUCGGUCACCGAGAUCCUCGGCAACUUCAACACGCUGGCCUUGAAACACUUGCCUCGGAUGUACAACCAGGUGAAGGUGAAGGUGACCUGUGCCCUGGGCAGCAAUGCCUGCCUGGGCAUCGGUGUGACCUGCCACUCGCAGAGCAUCGGCCCCGACUCCUGCUACAUCUUGACGGCCUACCAGGCCGAGGGCAACCACAUCAAGAGCUACGUCCUGGGCAUCAAGGGCGUGGACAUCCGCGACAGCGGGGACUUCAUCCACCACUGGGUCCAGAACGUGCUGUCCGAGUUUGUGAUGUCUGAGAUCAGGACGGUCUAUGUGACAGACUGCAGGGUGAAUUCGUCUGCCUUCUCCAAGGCUGGCAUGUGCCUUCGCUGCUCAGCCUGUGCCUUGAACUCGGUGGUGCAGAGCGUGUUGAACAAGCGGACGCUGCAGGCCCGCAACAUGCACGAGGUGAUCGAGCUGCUGAAUGUCUGCGAAGACCUGGCGGGCUCCACGGGCCUCUCGAAGGAGACCUUUGGCUCCCUGGAGGAGACGUCGCCCCCGCCCUGCUGGAACUCGGUGACGGACUCUCUGCUGCUGGUGCAUGAGCGUUACGAGCAGAUCUGUGAGUUCUACAGCCGCGCCAAGAAGAUGAACCUCAUCCAGAACCUGAACAAGCACCUCCUGAGCAACCUGGCUGCCAUCUUGGCCCCCGUGAAGCAGGCGGUGAUUGAGCUGAGCCACGAGAGCCGGCCCACUCUGCAGCUGGUGCUGCCCACCUACGUCAAACUGGAGAAGCUCUUCACAUCCAAGGCCAACGACGCCGGGGUCGUCAGCAAACUCUGCCACCUCUUUUUGGAGGCCCUGAAGGAGAACUUCAAGGUGCACUCGGCCCACAAAGUCGCCAUGAUCCUGGACCCCCAGCAGAAGUUGCGCCCGGUCCCGCCAUACCAGCAUGAGGAGAUCAUUGGCAAGGUGUGCGAGCUCAUCAAUGAGGUGAAGGAGUCCUGGAGCGAGGAAGUGGAUUUUGAGCCUUCCACCAAGAAGCCACGGGCCUCCGGAGACGCCACCCCAGCUCAGGAAGAUGACCGGUUUGGGAAGAACGAAGUUUAUGAUUAUUUACAGGAACCUCUCUUCCAGUCCACCCCUGACCUCUUUCAGUACUGGUCUUGUGUUACCCAAAAGCAUACAAAACUAGCCAAAUUGGCCUUUUGGCUCCUCGCGGUGCCCGCCGUGGGGGCCAGGAGUGAGUGUGUAAAUAUGUGUGAGCAAGCACUUCUCAUUAAAAGGAGGCGACUUCUUAGUCCAGAAGACAUGAACAAACUCAUGUUUUUGAAGUCCAACAUGCUUUAAAACUGUCUUUUAGUUUUAAAAUAAUAAUAAUAAUAAUAACUCUAAAACACUGUUGCAAACAAAGAAAAGGAAUUUAAGUUCUAAACACUGUGGACCUCAUUUAAAUGCCCCUGGAAACUUAAGUGCUUUUUCUAUGUAUAUAUACAUAAGUGUGUGUAUGGACACACACAUGUGUAUAUACAUACGUAGGUAUACCGUAUGUAGAAACACAUACAUUGUGUACAUGAGUACGUGGUUCCUUGGGUCUGUUUGUACAGACAAAGAAACUGCUUACACACUUACACAUAGAUGCCCCCAUGUGCAUGAACACACGUCUGUGUGGCCAUGUUGUAUUAAGAGGGGUAAGUGAGGAAAGAGGCGUGUAUGUGAGAGAGGGAGUACUUUACCAGGAAAAUGCUUCUUGUCUCCAUCAGGGUUUUUUUUUUAAACAGACUUUCCAUGUUUUCAGGUGUGCAGACUGGUAGGAGGCUGACAUUGUAAAGUCUUCAGGCAGCUGAGAUCUAAAAGUGACUUGAAGUUUCUUCGAUUUCUCCUCCCCUCUCCAUGUCCUCUCUCGUCCUCCCACCCCAUGUUUCCCCUUCUCCCCUUCAGGGCUGUCUUGCCAUGGAUAUUUGAAUCUACAAUAUCUGCACUGGACUUUGCUUCUCCAAUUACCUUGUAUACUUUCAGGGCAUUGAUCAGCCGCCUUCCUAACAUCUGUCACAUGUUAUAAAGGCAGCUGCAUUCUAGAAACACACCUAUCUCUCAGAUCAGGAAAGGAGACAUUAAGGAAACAAAUAGGACUUUUUUUGCUUUUUUUAAUAUAAGAUGGAGAAGAAAAUUUUUCAGAAAAGUAGUUACUCUAGUAAAUUGUCUCCACACCUUAGUUUUUUUGAGUUCUUAACAUUUUAGUGGUUUUUAACCUUUCUUUUGUUUUUUUGUUCUGUUUUUAAAGUUUGAUUUAGAACCCUCUAGGAGGCACUGAAUGUCUGUAACUUAUGUUUAUGGUUUUAAAAAAUAUCUUUUCCCUUUUUCCCUCCCUCUUGCCCCUCCUCCUCAAGUCACACUGUAAACUAGCUCAUCUCAGUGGUAUAACCAACAUGCUCACAUUUUUAUGAAGCCUUCCCUGUAUAGUCCAGCUCUCCAGAGGAUGUAUUCCUUCAGAAGGCAUGGGGGCAAGUGGGUCGGGGUGGGGGGUUGGGACAUAACAAUGCAGAGGAUUCCAUGAUUUCACAAGCAUAGCAUCGCAUCUGGUGAAAGCAUGUGGCUUAGGAUAUCUUCUGAAUGUAAGUGAAAAGAAUAUACCCUCCUGGUUUUGCCUCAUUUGUUUCUAGUACCAGGAAUGUCUAACUUAAAAUACCUAUAGUGCAUUACACUACUCAUAAAAUCACUGAAUUGUUCUAGCCCAUUAGGGGCUUGUGAGUUGAUCAGAGACCAUGUCCAGUGGCAUGUCAUAUCCAUACCUCCCCCCAUCUAGCCCUUUGUCCUGGUACCCAGAACUCUCCAGAGAUGGGGUGCAAGUUGGUCAGCCCCAGAGUUCCUGAUGUUUGACUCAGAAUCACAUUCCUGCAAGGUAGUAGGACUGGGUGCCUUGUAGGCCUCUGGAGAUUCCGUGCCAAAGUCCAACAUCAGGGGAUUUAGCCUUCAGGAAUAUCUUUAAGUCAAGCCUCACUUGACUAGACAAUUUUUAGGGUCCCUCCCAGGUGUGAAGUUUUUAUUUCCCUUCUUACAUACAGGGAUUUGAGGUCUGGAUUGGGCUUAUGACAGUGGCCAUGGGAGCUGAUCAUAGAGAUGCCAGUUCUCCAUGUGGUACCCAGCUGCUCACAGGAUAGAGAUGGGCCAGGAAGGAUCAGAACACUGUUUCUCUAAGCUUAUGUACUGUGUGGUCUUUGACAUGCAUAUUUAAGGUAACCCUGUUUAGGUAUAGUAUCCUCUGGUCAUCAGCAUUAUGGAAAAGAGUUGAGUCUUUUGACACUCCCACAAAUGACCCCAGAUGGUCCCUGUAUCAUUUACCUUGUUUGCAAAGAAAAGUUCCAACAUCUUGAUUCAGGAAUAUCUCAUCUGUAACUAAUGCAUUACCCCAUUUUUCAUGAGAUUCCUCCAUAAUCAAAGGCCUCAUUCCAAGGGGGAGGGAAACUAGAAUUCACAUCUCUUAGCUCUGGCUGUUUCUGAUUGGCCCGCAAGCAAUGCAUGAGUUCCCUCCUCUUUCCAAGCAUUCCCUUGUGCCAGCAGUAGGAGUGAGGUUAAUUGAAAUUUAGUGUCACCCAGAGAGCCCCAGAAGGCCCAAAUCAUCAUCUUUGGGGCGAGGAGUAGUCACUUUGAUUUACAGGCCCUUCCACUAAAAUCUCCCAUAUUCUCCUGUCUAGAGCAUUUAAAGAAAGUGUCAUCAUGGUGGUUGGUGGUUUCUGCAUAUGAGUUGAUUGUAUUAUUUUGUUAAAGGAGAUGAUGGUCUGGGAGGGCUGAGGUGUGUGUGUGUGGGGGGGGGGGUCGCUGUGUUUUUCCCUCUUGAGGCAGGUGCUCAGUUGCUUUUGUGUAUCCCUUGAGUACUCCUAUACCCAGGGAAUGAACUUGGUAUUUUGUUCUUAUACAAAUGUUUGAUCCCUACCGCUCUGAAAGUCUGGACUCUGUACUGCGGUGAAAAUGUUUAUAUUUAAAUUCAAAGUAAACAACCAGUCUUACCUCGUUGUUGCCUCAUCCCCUGCCUUUGCCCGCCACCAUCCAGGGAUUGGACUGUGCUAAAGAAGAAUGCUCCCCUCUCAUUCUUGAGAUUUUAAGUAAAUUUCUUCUUUUUUUUCUUCCUUGGGAAGUUUGCUGCUUCUUGUGAAUUAACUGUCUUAGUUUCCAAAGGGUAGUUUCAAGGGGGACAGUUCAUUGCUAGAGUUGGGUAAGAGUUUCUUUCCUCUUUCCUUGGCUUCCCUAGAAGUCGGCACUAGGAACUGAAGAGAACUUUCAGAGUUUUCAUACAAGUCAAAUGCCCAGCCAGAACAGAACGAUGGUGUGACUAAUCCUACCCCCUUACCCUACCCCAGUCCCUAUCUUAAUCUCAGCAAUAUUCAGUUGUGCCAAAUUCUGGCAGCCAAAGAAUUUGGUCAACUCUUACAGCAUUCAGUCACCAUCCUGGCAUUUGACCUACUGUAGGCCCUUCAUAGAGUUUUGUACCCUCUCCCUAUUCGUGAUCUUGGGGAUUGAUGAGAUGUCUUUCAUUUGACCCCAGAGUCUCAUGGACUGGCUCUAGCAUGGAAUUGUUCUCUGAGCCUCUACGGAUUGGUCAUGUGGUUUGAAAUGGACAGCUCUUACAAGACCACUAAAUCUCCAGGACAAAAAUGUUCUGUGCCUGUGUGUUUUAUAGAUAAGGGAACCCCCAGAUAGGGGAUGUGGUCCAGCCUUUCCUGGUUUCUGUCUCUCUCUCAACGAGGUCACUUUAGGCAGCUCUUUACUCGCCAUCUUCUUGAAGUUUUACCACCUUUACAGAAUCCCAAGGCAUUAUCACCAUCAAGUCUUCUUUCCCAAGAAAACCUCAGUAGGGACAGUUAGUAGCAUGCUGGGAUUAAGAGAAUGAGAAGACCCAGGUCUCUGUGGCAUUUCUUUCUUUCCAAUGUCAGGUUAAGUGGCUGGUAAGGCACAGAACAGUGAGAGGAGGUCCUUGAUGACUACCCACUUCAAAGCCACAUUAGACCCCCCCCCCCCACCGACAUUUCCAUCAGAGAAGAACCAAAGGAUGUCUCUUUCUGUCAUCCAGCCUUUUGCUUCUGUUCUCUGUUUCCAAAGUACUCUGUCCAUCUCAUCCGAAUCAGCUAUGGGGUGUAGUAAAUAUGGCUGGACAAGAAAUGAUGGUGGGGCAAGUCAGUGGAUGCCGGGGAGAGCCAGAAUGCCCUUCUUCAUUGUUACAGAGAAGAAUUCUAGACCCCUGACUCUAGCCCAGUGUUGACUCCUGCUGUGAGAGUUCUAAAACUCGGGUCAGUCACCUUUAGGAAGAAGAUGCUGUGCCUACAGGGAACAGCUUCAGCUGUGAAACUAAACCCCUCUGUUCUUAUGAGUUAGCAUUAUUCUUUUAUCCUUUUACCUCUGGAGAGCAUUGGUCUGUUCAGCCAAAUCAACUAUCUCUUUAAACGACUCAAGGAGCCCCUGUGGAGGGAGGGGGUGAAGUCAUUGCACCAUUGUUCAGGAGCAGAUACUAGGGCACAAGGUAGAAAGAAGCCAUUAGGUUCUAGUAUCCCAGGGGGGAGUGUCUUCCAGGAGGCAGAGAACUGGGCCCAGCUAGAAACAUCCCUGGCUUCCAUCUCUGGGACACAGCCUUAGGAGAGAGGGCUUAGAGCACUUUCAUAGUCCCCAGGUCUAGGAAUGCAGGCGUCUGGAGAGAAAUAGGAAAAGCACAUUGUCUCUAAACCUCUGAAUCUGAGAAGCAGAGGAUACACAAGGAGAAGUACAGUGAACAAUCCUGGAGAGGGGUCAGACGUGACUCCGCUUCUGCCAAUGGGAGCACCAAAGAAAGCUGGGAAAACUCCAUGAGAGGUACUGCUCAGUGGAAAGAUGCUCUUUCUAAGGAAAUGGCCAUAACAAAGUAUCUAAAUGUUCAGUCAGUUGGUUUGAACCCAACUAUACAGAGCCCCUUUCCCCGCCAACCACCUCUCCCCCAAAUAAUUUGGCUAUGACUUUAGCUUUGGUUUUUGUCUCAAAUGGCUUCUGUGUUCAAGUCUCUAGGGAAAUUUCUGAAGAAGUCUCCUGUCUGUAUAUGAGGCCAGGAGCUGGCUGCUAAAUUCAACCCCCUCCACUCCUCACCCCCUCCAUUGCCUGGGAAUUAAAAACAAGGAUUUAUUUUUUUCUGCAAGCUUGACUCUUGUGGUCUCAGAGGAAACCCAAGCCAAGCCCAUGCCACCAACUCUGUCCUGAAACCCAAGGGUCAUUAAGAACGAGGAAGUCUAAGUUAGCGGGUCCUCCUUCCCCACUGCUCAAUCCCUCAUCUGUCACUGUGGCACUUCUUUUGCUAGGCCAGGUAUGGUAAACCAAUGAUUUAGCAUUUUUGUCCUGGAGUUUCUCUACCCUCAUUUUUUUGUUUUUAGGGUUUCGUUUGGAUUUGGGAAUUUGGGGAUGGUCGACUUCUUUUUGUUUUUGUUUUUGCUUGUUGGUUUUGUUUUCAGCACUAUUGCUGGUAGAACCCUGAAUUCAGUUGGAGGAGCUCUAGGCCUCCCUUGAGGCACAGGGCACACUCUCAUACUUUUUAAGGGUGUAAAAUUGUGGUCUAGGCACCUGAAAGAAGAUAGCUAACUGUUCUUUUCCCUUGGGUGUGAAAAGCCCAUUAAAAAACCAAGUUGUGUUAAUGCCACAUCUGUGUAUGACCAAGGCCACUGAAGGAGGAAGAAUUGCUAGGUUUGCCAUUGGGUAUUCACAUCACUGUUCAAGAGUGGGUCUCCUACCCACUCGUCCACCAGGGAACCUAACCCACCCAUCCAAGGGACAUGGGACAGAUCAUGUCCCAGUGGGCAACUUACUUUUUUAUAACCAAAGUUCCUUAAAUGGGCCACGGCCUAGCCUCGUGUUCAACCUCAGGGGUCUCAGAUUCCUUCGGUGCUUUCUGAAAUCCAAGCUGGCUGGUAAUCAACAAGGAGAAAGCCCAGCUGUACUGGGGGUGAGGACGAGGAGGACAAGGACAAGAAGGAUAGGCAGAAGGAGAGGCAGGGGACCUUUUUCCUGGAGUUCCUCCCUCCAUGGGGGACCAGGGUUAUUCCCUAACAGGGAAUGGUAAGAGGAUUGGUGCAAAGAGAAGGCUGGGGGAAACCCACUGACCCUUGGGGUGGGAAAGUCAAGGUGCAAACCCACUUGGACAUAUGUCAGGAAACCCUUUUAUAUAACAACCCAAGCAAAACUAUUUUUGGAAAAGUCUACCUUUUGUUGGUGAUCCUUCCCCCAUGACCUCUGUUGGAGUUGAAUUGUGAGUCAUUCACAUCAGGUCAAAACCAUGGCCAACUGUUCUCCCUCCCUCUGCUCCUUUCCCUCAGUAACUGUGGAUAUCCAUCUUCCUUUCUCUUUCUGUAGAUAACAGACAUUCUAGGCAAUACCAUAGACACACUGGAAUGUGUGUCUCUUUCUCUGUGAGUGUAAGAAACUCAAGUCAUCUUUAAAAAAAUUAAAAGAAAAGAAAAAAAGAAAAUACAAAAAUAAAAAAAAACAAAAAACAAAAAAUAUCUUUUUUAGGCCAGAGUUUUCUACAGGUAUUAAUGAAUAUUUUUCUUAAUCCUUAUAAGUUUUAUGUGUUUAAUAUUUCUUAAUACCGGUAGCAUUAAUUUAUACUUUUGUAGCAACACAAUAUUUUUAUAAACGGCCAACGCUUGGCUAUGUCUUCAUGAGGGGAAUGCACAGGGCAGCCUGUGGGGGCCCUGUGUACCGUGUACUGUAUUUAAAAAAAUAAAAAAUAAAAGGUUACCUAAUGUCACACUUGCUGUGUUAAUAAACAAAAGAAAUUGUUUGAAGUCUCCUGUAUUGUUGGUGUGGAUCGAGUGAUUCUCUAGAGAGCAAAAUUGCACGAUUGAGUUCCCAGUUCUCAUUGUGAUAUUUAAACGCUUGGGGCCAGCUCAAGGGUUUAGGGUUUUUCUGUUUGUUUGUUGGGUUUUUGGUUUUUUUGGGUUGUUCUUUUUUUCUUUUUUUGGUUCAUUGUGUUUGUUCUCCUUUAACAUUACAGUUCCGGUUUCCCUUUUUGCAGCCAAAAACGUUUAGUGCUGUUUAAAACAUAGACUGAUGUCAGAUGAAGGGGGAGGGGGGAAGAUUUUUACAAAAAAAAAAAGAAAGAAACGAAAAAAAGAAAAAGAAACGAAAAAAAACAAAAAGGAAAUUGAGCCGUGUCAAUGUUGCUGUUUUUACCAGUCUGUUGCUGUCGGAAAGCGGGGCAUUUCCAGUGAGAAAAGGAGCAGUUCCCAUUUUCCGUUCUUUAUCUGUAAGCCAAAAGCCCUUGUCCAGAAUUCAGUGACCCUGCUUUGAGAUGGGUCUCAAGCGUUCCUACAAGUUUCUUUUCCAGUGGCUGAUGCCAAGGUGGAAAGACACUGUAACUGUUAGAAAGGAUCAGUUGCUUAAUGAUUUUCAUGUCAGUGUUGUAUUUAUGGUUUUACAAUAAAAUGACCUUUAGGAAAA